AUGGCUGAUGAGACUCACAGGUGCGACAAUUGCCGACGCCUGAAGGAGAGGUGCACUGGCGGAGUCCCAUGUGACGGAUGCAUCAAAGCCAAGCGCGAAUGUGCCUUUACCAGCGCAUACAGACGAACAAGACGGCGGCCAGAAGUACAAAAGUUGGCGGACGCUAUUAAUCCAAAGGCUUUCUUCGACAUCGAUAGGAUCCGCAACUUGGAAAAGAUUGUCAAGCACUUUACGGAUAUUCAAGAUUUCAGCCCUACCAAGCUUGCGGAGACGGUGACACUUCUAUCAGCAGGCUCACCUCCGCCAUGGGACCGAGCGAACCUACAAUUUGAUGAGGGUCAUGACGACGAUCCCAGCAAUCAGGCGACGAGGGACACAACUUCUAUGCUAGCCAGCGUGGCCACUGCCGAACAGUUACUAUCGUUUCCCUUUGUGGUCCAAGAAGCAGUAUCUCUGUUCCCGCCUGCCGAGGUCGCCACUACAUUGCUCGACAUCUUUUUCAACGUGGCUCAGACAAACUACUUCUAUGUAGACGAAGAUGUUAUUCGGACCCGGAUAUCUCAGAUAUAUGCCCACCCUGCAACGCCGCUCACGAUCGCCGACGCUCCAUGGGUCUGCACGGCUCUGAUGGUGUUUUGCGUCAGCACCCAAUUUGCACACCUGGUCAAAGGGAGACAGUCCAACACUGGAGAAGUUGACGUGACAUCGGCAAUUGAUGACACUCUGGCUUUGUCUUUCUAUCGAAAGGCAACAGCCAUGAUCCCUGAUCUGCUGACCAUCGGGAGUGCACAAUGCGUACAAGCUUUCAUCUUGAUGGGAGUGUACACGCUCCCCGUAGACCCUGCAGGAUUAGCCAGCAGCUAUUAUGGCAUGGCCAUGAAAAUAGCGAUACAUAACAACAUGCACUUGAAGAGCAAGUCCAAGACGCGAGACGCCGAAAUGCGCAACCGAAUUUGGUGGACAGUGUAUACCCUGGAGAGGCGUGUUUCCAUCUUGCAUGGCCGACCUGCAUCCAUUCAGAGAUCCCAGAUAAGCACUGCUCUCCCAGUCAACCGCCCUGAACUACAACCAUCCGGAAGGCCCAAUACGUUUCAUAACGCCAUGGCCCAGAAAGACCUUACCGAGAUCAUGGAGGAUGCUCGCGACAACAUCUUAAUGAUUAAAAAAGCAACUCCAAGCUCGAGCAUACUGCAAGGUUUGCACGGAUGGGUCAAAGCUCGCAAUACUCUGAUAAAACGCUGUAUUGAAAGCGCCAUCACCUCCGUCCAGCUUUGUCAAAAGCUCCAUGACGAGUUUGGGCUUUCCAAAUCAUCAUAUACCGAGUUCACUUCCUGCUGUGCUGCGGUAGUAACUCUGAUAGCUCAACGCAUCCUCAGCAAGACGGUGGAAUUCGCCGAAUUCGGCGACAUCUGCGACCAAGGCAUGACGUUACUGAAAAUCAUGUCUGGUGGCGUCUUUGCAAAUACCAAAAGCUCCGAGAAGCGGGGCUUGGAGAUUUUGGAAAUGACACUGGCCAAAUUGGGAGCGAGUCAUGGUGAAAGCCCGUCACUGGGCGGUGCAGGUUAUGAUCAGUUUCGCACCUGGGUUUCGUUGCAGGUCGAGCCUGAGCGGCUGCUAGGACAGGAGCAAGCAGUGCCGACGAUGGAGUGGGCGUAUGGUAGCAGCCCGGAGCAGGGAUCAUUUCAUUCAGAGAUGAACUUGAUGCCCGAGUUUGUUCCCACCAAUUUUGCUGAACUUGCGUCGCUGCCAGGCUUGGAAAACUACUUUCAGAGUUCAAUAGGAUAA